UUUAUACUUAACCUCGUUUCGGAUCAGACGCGCGAUUUCCACCGGCCUUUCGGGGCAAGCAUAUGCUUAAUCCUUUCAGUGAUUGUUUCUGUGGAAAGGCUUAAGACAGCUGAUUGUGACUGUUGUCAGUUCGCUUGCGGGGGUGUGGAGCUUAGGUCAUUCUCUACUUCCGAUCGGAUCGGUUCUUGACAUUGGACUCAACAAGGGGGAAAGUGUUUUGCCCGCUGAUUUGUGCUAGCAAUGGAAAAAUACUUUGUAUACAAUUUUCAAAAAAGGCAACAGUUGAAGUGGAUUGUAAUCGGCGGAAUGAAGUGUUGAUGCCCGGCGUCGAAUGAAAGUCAGUCGACAGUUUGACUUCAAAGCGUGGCUGCUGUGUGUGGGCGGAGGAAGAUGCCGGUGGAUGGAGUAGAGAAACCGUGAUGUGUACAUGAUGGAAUUGUGAUGAAGUGCUAGAGUUUUUACAUCGUCACUGUAAGCUGUUAGUUAUCAUUUUCAGACGAGGCGCCGAGCUUCGGCGGAACCGAAACGGCGAGCGGUUCAUCACAUCAAAAAUGCAUGCAAAAAAUGAAAUGUGCUGUUAUAGCUGUGGCAACGCAAGUGCAUUCUAGUUCAAAGGAAAGAGGAUAUUUUCAUUAGUGCCACGGAAUAGUGUAGUUUUGCGGCGGUCAUAGCAAAAAAAAAGUACCAAACGCGGGAAAAAACUUCGGAGGAGAUUGGAUGAAGAGCAACCUGCCUGUGGAAGCUGGUCAACCGUUGUUGUCAGUGCGAGGGAGAAUUAGUAGUUUAUGCACAAGUGAGUCAAUGAAUGUCGGUGGCGGCGGCAGUGGCAAAGGGGAUAGCGCCACAAAACUGGCUGAAUACGGUGGGAGAUCCCGUCAACCAACCGUGCUGACCGCCGUGGCAUGUUUUGGGCCGUAAUGCUAUCCUUCUGGCAGCAGGUGGCAUCCCGUCGAUCAGCAGCAGCAGCAGCAGCAGUAGUAGACAGCACUGGAAUCAGUGUAGCAAAGGCGGGGGUGAUAUCAAGAGUGACGAAAACGACGACGACGACGACGAUAGUCAAUUUAAUCAAAUUAACUCGGCUCACCGUGGCGAUACGUGGUUUAUGAAGGUUGAUCUGAUUUAUUUACAGUGCGGUAGAUAAACUGCAUGUACAAAUAUACUCGCUAAGUUUGUGGAGGGAGUUAUCGAAAGAAAAAUAAAAGUGCAAUAAGUGAGGCAAUCAGAUUACUGUUCCCUCUGUAAUUGACCAGCGCAAUGGGAGUGAUGAACUACGCGACGGCGUUAGUGCUGCUGCAGAUGCUGCAAAUGACAGUGAUCUCCGCCGUGAGUUGGGAGGAGUGGUGGACCUACGAUGGGAUUUCUGGACCUGCGUUUUGGGGUUUAAUCAACCCGGAGUGGUCGCUCUGCAACAAAGGCCGUAGGCAAUCGCCGGUGAAUUUGGAGCCUCAAAGGCUGCUCUUCGAUCCGAAUUUGAGAUCGGUGCAUAUCGAUAAGCACAGAAUCGCCGGUACGAUAGCCAACACCGGUCACAGUGUGAUAUUCACCAUCAACAACGAGACGGCUACUCCGAGUGGCACCACGCCACAAGUUCCAGUGAACUUGACGGGAGGUCCCCUUUCGUACAGGUAUCGGUUCCACGAGAUUCACAUACACUACGGUCUGCACGACCAGUUUGGAUCGGAGCACAGUGUGGAAGGGUACACUUUCCCAGCUGAGAUUCAAAUCUUCGGAUACAAUUCGCAGCUGUACUCGAACUUUAGCGACGCCCUGUUUCGGGCACAGGGGAUCGUAGGGCUGGCGGUAUUGUUGCAGCUGGGAGAUCUAUCGAACCCAGAGCUGCGGAUGCUGACCGAUCAGCUGGAGAAAAUUAGAUUCGGUGGCGACGAGGCCCAGGUUAGGAGGUUAUCGGUGCGGGAUCUGCUGCCGGACACGGAGCACUACAUGACGUACGAGGGCUCGACGACGGCACCGGCAUGCCACGAGACGGUCACCUGGAUCGUCAUGAACAAGCCGAUCUACAUCACCAAACAGCAGCUUCACGGCUUGAGACGACUGAUGCAGGGCGGUCCUGAUCAUCCGAAGGCACCGCUUGGGAACAACUUCCGACCGCCACAGCCCCUGCUACAUCGUCCCGUGCGGACGAACAUUGACUUUCGAAACAAACAGGAAAAGGGGGGUAAAAUUUGUCCAACUAUGUACAAGGACGUUCACUAUAAAGCUAAUAGUUGGAAACACAACUGAGCGCCAGCAAACCGAGGACCGGGAACCAUUCGAUGAGGACAGUCUGGUGACGUUCGCUUGAGUGAGGACCGACCGAACAUGAAUGCAUCCCCGAAAAACAAAAUCGCGGGUGAAAACAAAUCAUUCUACAACGCUUCCAGUGUACAAAAAAUAUAUUGUAUGAAGAAUAGUUAAAUCUUAAACAAAGUAAAGGCAUAAUUUCUAGCAUCUAAGUAAGUUACUGCGCGCGCGGGAGUAGACAGAAGAAAUGUUAUUAAGGCAACCCCAAAAACAAAAGUUUUUGCACAUCGAUUGGUUGUUUAAGUUUGGUGGGAGCUAUUUUCAGCAAAUUGGCACAAUUAUAGCAGCUCGCAAAGAUACGAGGCGUGGGAGGGGUUAGUCAACAAAGUCGAAUUGAAAUGCAGCGCAAGUUCACACUUUUUUUUUAUUUCUUUCGCCCUGUUGUGUUCGUCGUUGUUUUGGCGCGGUGGAAAUCGCUGAUCAUGCUUGAAGAAUAAGGGCGAACAGCUUCGCGGACGGCGGGAUGUCGAGAGAAUAAGUAGCAAAAGUGUAAACGGAGAAACUCUAUUAAAAGUUUGAAAUAAUUUGUAAAUAAUAUUAAUGUAAAAAAACAACAUCAACAACAAAAACACAGCAUCAGCAGCAGAUGUGGGCUCCGAAAGGUUGCUUCCAACCCCCUUUCGGGGGAGGGAGGGAGAAUAAGAAAGGUGGAUAAAAAAGUACCCCGAGUGAAAGUGCAGAGGGGGAGUAAAUUGUAGCAAAUAAAUUUCAAGCUAGGAAGACUAUAAAAAUGAUGAUAGCAAAGAUGAGGUACACAGCACAAAAAGCAACCACCAAGAUCAUCUCAGACAGUGCCGUUCAGCUUCUGGGCGGUGGUCAUGGCGGGCGGAUGUUUCUCUGCAACUCCGAUAGACGAAGCUGUUGAAUAAGCUUUAUGGUAGUUUGAUGGAGAAUAAAUUGUGAGAAAAUGACCCAGCAGCGGUUCCGGAGAAAAACUGAAUUAAACAUUCAUGUUGUCACGCUGGCGAUCACGGAGUGCUUGCUGUUGUUUCAUACUCUUUUUUUUCUACUCUCUAUUAUUUAUAUCAUUCGAAAUUGAAUCAUUUUAUUUGUUUACACCAAUAUUUGAAAGCAGUUGCAAUUUUUCUUCGACUAAAUAACGCAACCAUCUAUUUUGCAAAGGCUCCGAGCCAUUGAAUUCGUCUCCUUUUUCGGUAGACGGGGAAGUAGUGAACAUUUUUAAUACAUGUCACAGCUUCUGGAAAGUUGUUCGAAACACUGCCCGAAGGAAAAUUCUCAGUUAUGUUCGGAGAAUCUUUUGUGUGCAGAGUUUGUAAUCAUGUUUCCGGGAAGAGGAAAAAAGAACGCUCCACAAUGAGUUCAUAUCCAUCAGACUGUGAUAAUUGAGUAGAUGGUGUUAAAUUUGGGGUUAAGGACAUAUGUGAAAGAGCUUGAACGGUCUGACACGUUGUCAUUAAUCAGCUUGCCAUUGGAGAAGAAGUGGACCUAACUGUCUGAAUGGGAUUUUGGUAAGCCGAAAAGUCCGACCGCCAGUUGAAUAAAUCUAAAAGCUCCAAGCCAGAAUCAUCAAUCAAAAUCACGAGCGAUGGGUGACCAAAGAAGAUUCAGAUUAUGGCCGCUCUCUCCCAGGACUUGGAUGAUUGAGAAGAGUUCUCUGAAUAAACAGGCACCACAAACAUAUCAAGUUAAUAUCAAGUUGAGAAGUAUUCUGUUAUGUUACUGUGCAAUAUAAUCAAAAUCUCAGGUCUGCGAGGAAUAUGCUACUUAGGAAAUGCCUAAACAGCGCAAGGAUAACUCCUGGAAGGUGAAGAAGCAAAUGAGGCAGCCAAUAUCGGAAAUAAGCUAUCACAACAAUUGAUAAUUAGUCCAGUUGAAAGCUUUCGUUGUGGAGUUCUGUUAAAAUUGAUAGCCAAAAAAGAUGGCACAAAAAGUCUGUUAUAUCAGUAUACUGAAUUUGAAUGUUAUAUAAAGCUGUACGAAAAUAAAUUAACUUUACAUCAAGUUACUAGGACAAAAAUUAAAGAAAAAAAACGCGCAUAAAAGAAAGCAACGCAAGGCACUAAAGUGUAAAUAGUUCCAGAUUAGUAUAAUUUAACAGAGGAAAAACAUCAUACCCUUGAUGCGAAUAGUAAAAGCGGAAACUAGAUCAAGCUGUGGGAGGAAAAGUCAAGCUGUAUCAAUUACGAAUCCAUACGGAUAAAGAAUACACUAAUCGAAAACUUAUGAAAAAAUAAAGAGACAUAAAAGAAAAACAGGAUGUCAAUAACAGUGGAUGAUAAUUUAGUUGAACGUGGAUGAAAAUAAGCCAGCAACUCUUACAUAUAUAGCAAAACAUAUCCCAUUACUGUGUUUAGCAAGACAUGAAAGAAAAAAAAACAAAUUUGAGUGAAAAAACGUGGCUACCGUUUAAAUAUGCAAUCGGACAUUUGCUAACCCUAUUAUUAUCAUUAUUAUUAUCACACACACAAAUACACACUGAUGCGUGUACGUGUAUAAAAGGGAUGUACAGUGGAGGAUAGUGCUGAUUUCUAAUGGAACAUUGACAGAAGAAUAUAUAUGAGGAAUUGU